AUUUGCCUCCGCCAUGUUUGUCCUUUAGGGUUGUUAACUAGUAUUCGUCAUAAUGAAGACAAAUUUCGGAAAUCACUAAGACUGGUUUCUUUGUGGUACGCGUUAUUUAAAUUCUUAUUUCCAACUUACAAAUGUGGCUAAUGUGAUUUUCAUUCAAACUUCGACGCGCUAAACGUUAACGUUACAUUAAACAGCAAUAAUUCAUUUCUUCGAAUAUUAAAAGAAAUUUUCACGAUAUGCAACCACACUGGCCUAUCAUUGCAGCGAUGUCAGGUCAUCCGACUAUUGCUAAUGGCUCAGCAAUAUCCAUUGACCGUCAUAUUUCUGGUCCGAUGGAUUCUAGCAGUAUGCUUAUUGGUGCACUUACGCCUGGUUAUGUACGACCGACUCUCUCUUCCAAUGUUUUACCUGGCUCAUCAAUCCCUUCAGCACCUGGUGGAUUCAGUCCUCAUCACAGUUUGGCUUACCCUUUCCCUCAUUCAUUCUCUGUUGCUACCAACCAGUCGCUUGAACCUGCUAUUACUGGGCGUCAAUUUCCCAAUGCUUCCUUAAAUCCUUCUUACCACCUACAACAGUUCCAACAAUCGGCUUCCCAGCCCUUACCCUUGCCUCAUCCACCUGUUCCAUAUGGUCAGUCGUUGUCUUACUUAGCACCUUCCCUAGUAACAGCUAUGGGUAAUGGCAACCUUGGUCACAUACAUCAAACUUAUACAAAUGUACCAUCACAGACACCGAUGGCAGUUAAUAUGACGGCACACUGCCGUACAUUUGAUUCUUUAAAGCACUUUGGUUCUGUUCCUCAAACACAGCAUGGUCGUCGGAAUAAAUCAACUGUCACUUCCAAGACCAAUCUAUAUAUAAGUGGAUUAAGCGAAUCUGAUACAGAUGAUACAGUUCGUUCACUUGUUGAAAACAUUGUUCAGCCAAAAUCUUGCAAAGCAAUGGUUGUCAACGGAAGAUGCAGAGGUUCAGGUUUUAUUGAUUGCGCUUCUGAAGAGGAUGCAGAAAAAGCGAAAGCACAUAUUUUAGAAUGUGCCAGAACUAAUGGACGCAAAUUAUCAGUGAAAUAUGCAUAUGAAAAUGAAAAAGAUGCUCUUAAUGUUUAUGUACGCAAUCUUCCACGUGAAGGUUUUUCAAAAGAGAUGUUGGAAAGUUUGUUUCAAAAAUUUGGUCAUGUUACAUCAGUUAAACUUCUUGAAACAGUUACUGGAUUUACAGGAAUCGGUUUUGUUCGUUUUGCCACAGCUGAACAAGCGGAAAAAGCAGUUGAACAAAUGAAUGAAGCAAAACAUAUUGUUCGAGGUGGAGAUAAACCCAUAACUUGUAAACUGGCUGAUAAAGCAGAUCCUAGACGACGUAAUGCUGCUCCUAAUGCACAAGCGUUUGUUGCCGCUGCUGGAUUACAUCCACAAAUACCUGUUGCUAAUAAUUUAACGCCUUUAGGUCAGGCUCAACAAUCUACCUUUACUCCUCAAUUUCCUCUAACUGCACAGUUAGUGCAACCUUUGCAUCAGACUCCUGUUGUUGUUCCAAAUAUGCAAUCGUCUUCAAUAUCCUCACAAAACCGUAAUAUUUUAUUACCAUCAACAUUAUUGCAGAAUGGUCCAUGUUGUGGUAGUACAGCUGUCCCAGUUUCAUUCCCUUCCAUUGGAACGAAUGGGGGUAAUGGUCAGUCGACUAUUUCUACUAGUUCUUAUAGAGCUAACUUAGUCGGGAUACCUCAAGGUCAAAUGCCAUCUGGGGCUCAACCAAAUCAAGGAACGGCAAUUGUUGCUGGAUAUGCUGAUUAUCCCUUCAGUCGUUCCAAAUCAUGUGUCAAUGUUCAAUCCGGAAACUUCUCAGCUAACAAUCUCCCUGUUUAUACGGCAAAUGGUAACUCCUCUCAAUCCACUCAUAGUGCUUUUCAAUCAGUUGCAUUUGGAACUCCUACAACUUCUAAUUAUCAGGGAGGAUUAUCGUAUGUUCAUCAUCAACAACAGUCACAACCGACACCUAGUGUUCCUGGAGCUGCAGUUGCAAGCAAUUCUCAAAUGGUUAUUUUGGCUCAGACCCCUAUUAAUUGUCUUUAUCAAUCAUCAAAUGGAUCCACAUCAGCCGCUUAUCCAUCAGGUAUUUCAUCAACUAAUGGUCAUCAGAAGCAACCACUUCUUUCCUCUAAUAACACUCCCAUUGCUUGUCAGGUGCAAAAUAUACCAUGUAAUUCGUGUCCAGUUUCAGAAACAACUACAAAUCCAAAUUCUGUUGGUUUAAUUACCUCUGAAUUUCAAAUGAUGACUUUUGGUUCAAAUAGUAUGACUAACGCUUCAUCAUCUCAUUCAAAUUUGGUGACAGAUAUUUCUUCUGGCGAAACACAAGAAUGGUCUAAUGUUGGUAACCAAAAACUAUGUUCUUUGAAUUCUGUCAACACUUCAGAGAGUGACUUAGCUUAUCAAACAUCAUCUGUCCUUCAAAGUUCACACGAGUUAACAACUUCAAGCGAUGGGAAUGCUGUUUAUACUACUACUACUACUACUGCUACUCAAAAUACUAUUACUGUGUCUAACACAGCAGAACAAAAUGAUACUCAAUGUUGCUCAAAUCCUGUGCAAGAAAAAAUUAGUUCUUCAGAUCUUACUAACUUAUCGGGUUUGUCCAAUGAAGAAUUUAAUGUAAUCACUUCACCUAAUCCUUCUAAUCAUUCUUCCGUUUCAAAUUCUACUUAUUUAACGGGGAACCAUCAUUUCUCUUCGUCUAAUCUAGAAGUUAAUGGUUCAUCGAAUUCUGCUGACUGUCAGUCAAGUGCUUCAUCAUCACAAAGAAAAAAUAAAAUAACGGACAAACAUCGAGAUUCAUCAUCGUCAAAUUCAACCGUUUGUAGUCGUCAUUGUAAUGAGGUGGUCAGUUUAAAUGAUACCAAAUCAGCAUCAUCAUCUAUACAACAGUUGAAUAGACGAAAGAAAAAUCCUUAUUCAUCUAGUAUUAGUAGUCAUAAACAUCAUUCAAGAUCUCCGUCGAAGAAAAAGAGUUCACCUGUUAGCAGUAGUACCGAAGUUCGUAUGCCAACUAGUUGCACGAUUUUAAACCCAUCGUCUCCUUAAGUAGAGACAUAACUUACGUCUAUUAUUGUUUUUUUUUUAAAUCAAAAAACCCCUACACACAGUUGUUGAUCAACUAAAAUGGAUUUACAAUUUACAUGCGUGGCCAAUUCUCGCAUUCAAAACUAAGUUUUCGUUUUAGGUACCAAACAAAAAAUAAUAAAUGAAAGUGUACAUAUAUCACCCUUUUUUAAACCACUCUGUAAAUGAUUUUACAAUCAAUGUUGUGUUUUGUGAUUUCUUGCUCCCUUCCCCACCUGUAUGUCGUUUUAUUCUUUCCUACUUCUCUUUUCUGCUUAGGACACUUCAUCACUUUUCUUUUAGGGUCAACAGAUUAUUGUAUGUAUGUUUGUAUUAUGUAUGGGAUGUGCAGAAAAAAGAAAAUCCGUUGGAAAAGUGAUGCUCAACUAGGAAUCAGCCCGACAAUUUGACCAAAUAAUCGAUUUAGAAAACUGAGGGUUACUUGUGUAUCUUGCUUAGUUUAUGAAGAAAAAACAACUUCGCACACAUUUUCUUUGUACUUUCGGUCGAAAUAUUGGCUUUCUUGAUUUUGUGUGGAGUGCUGCAAAACAAUGUCCAAGGUAAAAGUUGAAGGAGUUAUGUGACAAUAUUAUAUUUUUUUUUUACAAAAAUGUUCGCUGCUGACCUUAUUUACUUACUUCUGUUUUCUUGUUACUAGAAAAUUCCAGUGAGUUUUUGUUCUAAAUAGGGUCGUUCAACAAAAGUGUAUCUCAUCGACAUUCGAAAUUCCUAUUCAAAGUUUAGGCUUACAAAUCGUGUCUAACAUGUGUGUUCAGGUCCACUAAUGAUACGUAGAUUAGAAUUACCAUAAUACUAGUCCACCAAAUACAUUCAUUUGAAAAUAUUCGUAUCCUAGGGCUAAUUGUAAACAAACAGGUUCAGUAAACUAACAAUAUGUAGAAUAUUUGUAUCGAUCAUAGUGUUCUGUCGUUUUUGUUGAUCUGGCAACCACGGAUUUCACUUCAGUAGUGGACCAGAGGCCCCCAAAUGCCCUGGUACGGC